CGUUUUUUAACAAAUUUUACGAUCAUGGAGACGUAGUCACGAUAAAAAAAUGUACGGAGUGCUCGUGCAACGAUGGCUCAAUGAAUUGUAAAAAAAUAGUUCCAGAACGGGAUUGUCCAAAACUGAACUGUCCCGUAGAAGUACAAUACAGCAUUCCGGAGCACUGCUGUAACAUGUGUCCAGAUACCAACGAAUGUGAUCGAGAAGGCGGCCUUGAUGGCCACCAUUGCCACCAAAACACGAUAUGUGUUAACACUCCCGGUUCCUACUUAUGCCAAUGUCUUCCGGGAUACAGAAGAAUAGAUAGGUUCAAUUGCGCCGAAUUGGACGAGUGCAGUACAGGCGAACAUAACUGUGAUGUAAAUGCCGAGUGCAUUAAUACUCAAGGGAGCUACCAUUGUGUGUGUAAAGAGGGUUACACCGGUGAUGGAUAUACCUGUCAACCGGUUUGUAAACACAAAUGCAUAAAUGGCGGUGUCUGCACGAGUCCAGGCAAAUGUUCGUGUCCUCAAGGAUACACAGGGCAUAGUUGCGAGCUAGAUUUGGACGAAUGCGCUACCGACACGCAUAGAUGUACAAACGCUUCGAUUUGUGUAAAUAUGAUCGGAUGGUAUUAUUGUAAAUGUAAAAAUGGAUAUAAGAAUCCUUAUAAAGACAAUAAUUUAGGACUAAUUUGUGAAGAUAUUAAUGAAUGCAACAGUAGCCUUCAUUCUUGUCACCCUUCAGCUCAAUGUAAAAAUACCGAUGGGGGUUACAAGUGCGAGUGUCCUCCAGAGAGGCCCACCUGCAAGUUGAGCUGCAAAUUUGAAGAGGGGGAGCUACCCAACGGGUGGAGGGGGCUGUUAACCAACCAUCUUUGCCAAGAGUGCGAGUGUAAUAAGGGAGUACUAACUUGUGAACAGCUUAAGUGCAAUUGCAGCCUUCCCAACAUGUCAGAUAACAACUGCUGUCCGGAGUGCAACCCGAGGCAUUCUUGCCGCCACCAAGAGUUGCGACACGUUAUCUUUAAUCAUGGAGAUCACUGGUCAUUCCAGUGCCAUACCUGUGAGUGUUACAAAGGAGAAAUAGAUUGUAUGCCAAUGAUCUGUCCUCCUCUAUUCUGUGACAACCCAGUGAAGAACCCGGAGGAUUGCUGCGGGCACUGCGAAGGAGAUCCAUGUUCCUUGACCACGGGGAAUUCUUCUGCGACCGGUCAGUCAUGCACCUACAGGGGACGAACCAUCCAAUCGGGGUCUCAAUUUAUAGACCCCAAUGACAGAUGCACCACUUGUAACUGUAAGGACGGGACGCUAUGCUGCAAUUAUAAUAUCCAUUGUGGUGGUUAUCAACGACCAGUGGGAUACGGUGGUGUGGUGGCGUCUAAAAAUGUACAUUCAACAAGUGACAGUGACAAUGUUAAACAAUCUAGUUAUCGCCAAUUGGCUGCUCAUAGUGCUGGACCCUAUAACAUUGAGUCUACGAGCAGUGAGACUGAAAGACGUCCAAAAAGGGCACCAGGCGCGGGUUGAAACCCCCCUAACUCCCAAAACCGGUCUUACAUUCCUUGACACUUGCGUGCAAUAGCUGUUACUCAACAAUAGUAAUAAUAAUAAUCUCACAAUUAUUAAUACCAGUGAAUCCAUGAAGGUAAUGAGAUUAUUAUUAUUAUUAUUUGGCUUGCCCAAUCUCAAGUGUCUUCCUAGAUAUGUAGAUUUCGCUUCGACAGCUUACAUUUGUUACGAUGUUAUACCCAAGAAAUCUAUUCGUAAUUUUACAUUAUGGGCUACUACAAUGUAUUGUUUUAUAUUUAAAUAUUUAAUAAAUUUUACUGCGGAGGUUGCUCUCCAUCAGCUGUUCAGACUACUGUUGUAGGUUUAAAAAAUUCCAAACACACUUCAAAUUCAUUAUUAGGUUACUGAUUCUAUUUGAAGUAUGUUUUGGUUAGCGCUAGUGUUCGACUAUUCCAAUAGAUGUUAAAACAGAAGACGAUAUCAUAGGAUAUAUAUUGUAAAAUCGUUGUUGUAUGUUUCUAAGUUUUCAAAUUAUUCUAAAUAUUUCAUUCAACAUUGUCUCUCUUUUGGCUAGUAGUAGGUCUAAAACUUCCUACUUGAACAUGUACGAGUACAUGAGAUUUAUAAAGCACUAGGCUAGUUUAAUUCUUAAAAUGGGUUCCUGCUAAUGGAUACUUAGCCAGUGAGAAUGGUGAACCGGUUCCUUUAGUUGAACAUUUAUUCGUUUGUUAUUGAUUUUUUAAACAUAUUUGAAAAAGAAUCUGUUGGUUUUACAGAUGGCAUUAUAAUGCAUAUUUUAACAUAAUAUAUUUCUG